UGGGGCGGUCUCUGGGAAAGGUUAGUGCGUAGUGUCAAGAGGCCUUUGAAACGUGUCGUUGGUCGCUCAACCCCAACGUGCGACGAUUUACACACGAUCUUAGUCGAAAUCGAAGCAAUUAUCAAUGGGAGACCUCUGACGUAUGUCUACGACGAUGAAGAGUCAAACUACGAACCUUUGACUCAUUCGAAUAACCACGAGUCCAAACAGUUCGCACCACGAAGUCGUAAGCACACCCCGAAGUCGUAAGCACUAAUCGGUCGUUACUCGAAGACCUCGACACCACAAGCACUUGUUGGAACAAGUUACGAAGCAAUGGCGAAGAGAAUACCAAAGAAUAUUCCAAAGUUUCGUUGCGAAUUGUUGUAAAAUGCGGAUAAUGUAGCCUGGGAAUUGGUUACCACUUUUCCAAAAUUUUGAUCUUAAUUAGCCUAAACAAAAAUUCGUCACAGCUUGAAAGAGCAUCACAAAAUUAGUAAUAUUGCAAAGUUUCGUUGCAAAAUGUUGUAAAAUGCGGAUAAUAUAGCCUUGCGAAGUUUGUAAUUUUCAGUCAUUUUGUAUUACGCACAGAAGUGGUAACCAUUUCUCGUUUGUAAUCUAAAAUGACUGAAAAUUGCAAACUUCGCAAGGUUAUAUUAUCCGCAUUUUACAACAUUUUGCAACGAAACUUCGCAAUAUUUCUAAUUUUGUGAUGCUCUUUCAAGCUGUGAUGAAAUUUUUGUCUAGACUUGUUGAGUUCAAAUUUUUGGUUAAUUGGGGAUUGGUCUAUUAAUCUCCCCAUCAGCCAUUCUAAGCACCCUAGUAUAUUUUGCUUUUAUUAGACGAUGUAGAUUUUCUCGGUGCCAAUGUGGGUAGAGAUGCGGUGUCAAGGAUAUAUGCAAGUACCUGAAAAAUAUAAACACAAUUUCGACGUUUUCAACGAUGUUGGGAAGCUAGUAGCCAACUAUUAACUUCCCGAUGAAGGGCCUUCGCUCGAAAGGCCGAAGUUCUGCUUAUAUUUUUCAGGUAGUUGCAUAUCCUGACACCGCAGCUGUUUGAUAUAGAUUUCCCCCUAUAUAUACCUCUCGGGACAUCUUAAAUUUUCUCUGUGUCUUUUGGUGGGAGUGUCGAUCAUUUCAGGAACAACCUACUGGCCAAUGGCCAGAAUGUAAUGUCAAUGCCAAAAGUACCUAUGCAUGGAAAGAUGUUCCUCUUGAAAUUUAAUAUACUUUAUUAUUAGCAUGACAAAAUUACUGGAUCUGAUUGGUUGAGAGGAGUACAAUUAUUUCAUUAAUUGUACUGCAGUACAAUUAAUGAUUUUUCCAAAACAAACAAAAUGGCGGAAAGGUAUUUUAAACACAAUUGUGAAAUGAAAUUGCCCUAGAUGAACAGAUGAAAAUACGAACAAAAGCACCAAAUUUUGGUUGAAAGUUUGGCAGGACUGGGCUUUGGCGAGAGAAUAUAAUGUUGACAUUGAGAAGCAUCCAAUUUUGUCAUGCUAAUAAUAAACAAGUAAUCAUGCAAUGUUGCUCGUACAAUUAGAGAUUAAUAGUACUCGUGAUGUUUGGAAAUUUGCCAAAUUGGACUCGCCCCAGCGGCUCGUCCAAUUUUGGCAAAAUUUCCAAAUUAACAUCACCCGUAGUGUUAAUCCCUAAUUGUACUCGCCAUCGCAUGAUUACCUAUACUAAUAGUUACAUACAUUAUUUAAUAGAAUUGUAUUGAUUAUAAAUUGUGUAGGUCAAAUCUCCCUCCCGCCUCGUGGUGACACCUUUGUUGUUCUCCCAGGAGAAAAUGUGACAAUAGCGUGGAAACUUGAUGUCAGUGUACCUGACAUAACUGUUCGAACGUGGAAAUUCCUUCCAAAGGGCGACAAUUAUUUUGCUCAAAUCAUUCAAGAUGGAAAAGUGGAUGAUCAGCCCGAAUACUCACCCGGGCUAUUUACAAUAAAAAAGAAUGCAACAUUGAUUUUAAAUAACGUUACUAUCCAGUACAAUGGGACAUACAUAUUUAGUAUUUUGUCAAAGGGUGGAUAUACUGAAUCUUUUGUUUAUGUGUUUGUUGCAGGUAAGUGUCUGUUGUAUAAUAUCCUCUACCGUUUUACCCUACUUUUUGCCAAUUUCCACACGAAGGUAAUACCACCGUGGGUAAUACGUGAACUGAUUUGUUUGACUGUUGGACAGAGAUACAUUAAAUUAAGUAUUAUCCAUAUUACACAUGCGUUAUAGACAAAGUAGAGCGCAGGGGGGUGGGGGGGGGGGUAGCGGCAUUAAAAAUAACUUGUGCGCGAAAUUUAAAAGGUUAAAAACGCAUUUUGAGUUUAUGCGCGAGAAAUUCGUUAUGCGUUUUAUUAAUGGUCCUAAUAUGGCAGUAUUAGUCCUUCAGCAGACUAGGUCAGUCUGGCGAUAUUGGCUUAUAAAAAUCAAUAGGAGAAAUUCUCUCAAUCUUGGGGGAAAUAUGCUAUAUACUAGUCGGAAAUGGACGAAAAAUAUAAAAGUUGUAAAUUAUAAUACAUCCCCUCCCCCCGUAAAUAUAUUUUUCACAAUAUGCUUUUGAGGAAAUUGGCAAAUGGGAAUAAUUAACCGUAAAGGAAGAAGGUACUUGAUCGUGUUACAUUCUUCAACACGCCGUUAAGAGUGUAGUGUCGCAAAGUAAGAAUGAGCAGAAGGGUCACUCCUGUCGGAACCUUUGAAAUUUUUGUACCCGCGCAAUCGCGCAUGUCGCUCUGCGCAUCUUGGCCGCCAUGUUGAAAGAAACCCUUUCCUGGCAAAACAAUUGGCCAUUCUGAAGUUUAUGAGUGGACUGGGGACGAGUGUUAAAAAGUGCUCAAAUUCAGAAAUAAACCAAUUCACUAAAAAGACCACCUCAAAAUUAGUAAGUAUACAAAGUCUGAAGACGUUUACAUGAAUACCCUUCGAAUAAUAAGCUUUCGAAAAUUGUGAAAUUACUUAUUAAAAGACUGUUUUUGGGACACGCGUCCCCCAAAACAAAAAUUACAAUACAUUUCGUAGUAAAUAUCGUGAUUUUCGAAAGCUCAUUAUUUGAAGGGUAUUCAUAUAAACGUCUUCAAACUUUGUACACUUACUAAUUUUGAGGUGGUCUUUUUAGUGAUUUGGUUCAUUUCUUAAUUUGAGCACUUUUUAAUACUCGUCCCCAGUCCUGUCGUCAACUUCGGAAUGGCUAUAAUAUGGCGCAACUCGGAGUUAGACACAUAUCUUUGUUAUUUUGGGACCGAUCUCAUUUUUAUGACCAGUACUUAUUUGACAAAGGUAGGUGAUCAAGUUGAUAUUCUUAAAAGAUGUUUUAGUGAAGUUUAAACAGCUAUUUAAGUCACGGAUGCGUGAGCUAUUUUCGUUCGUUGUGAGAGCGUGUUGUGUUCACUGUUGAGUGGUUGUGUUGCCGGUGUUUUUGUUUACCACUUUAUGCAAAUCUGAGAUUUAUUUAACUUAUUUGCACUGUAGUGGCGGCCUGUAGUGGCCUUUUUAUUUAACAUUUGAAGCAUUGAAUAGUUUAUUUUCAGCCAACAAUCACCGAAUUGUCAGAAUUUUCAUACACAGCACUGUACACAGCACUGUACACAGCACUGUAGUCAGUAGUGCUAUCAAUACUAUGACGACUAUUUCAAUCAAUCAAUCAAUUUAUUAAAAAGAAAAUACAUAAAUGAAGAAAAUACUAUUCCCACAAAUAGCGAAAGCUAAUCGAAGGUGCGGAUAGUAUAUUUAAUUAUUUAACAACAUUUGAUAUUUAACAAGAUGAGAUUUCGGUAUAAUUAGGAAUAGAAUAUAUAGAGAUUGAAAUUAAGAUAAUGAAACUACAGUCGAAACCUUAGGGUAUAUUUUAUGAAAUGUGUAAAUCAGUAUAGAUGUAUGUUGUUGACGAAAUGCUUUCAAAGAAUCAAAAGCUCUUUAGAAACUAAUGAAAAAAAGAAAAUCAAAAGUAAAAUUCAUCAGACAUAAAAUCAAACAGACAUUCUCUGUAUAAUCAUUGGGACUUCAAGGUAGUCGUCCUCAUUAUUCCAAAUUUUAGGGAGUAAUGUGUGCAUCUCUUUAGCUAAUUCUUUUCUCUUAAGAUUACGAAUAUAUUUUGGAAGCGAGUUCCAUAUUUUUGCACCAACUCUAGAAAAAGCAUUUUUUUGUAGAGUUGUACGAGAGUACUUAAUUUGAUAGUUACCAGCAGUUGAAGCUCUAGUACCAUAGGUGUGUACAGUAGCAACUUGGGUAAAGAGAUCAGUUAUAUUCUUUGGUGCUAAAUCAUUGUUGACGUCAUACAUUAACUUCGAAACUGAUUCAAAAUAUAACAUAUUCACUGGCACAUUAGUUGUAUUUUUAAAAAAGGGAACAGCGUGAUCUCGAUUGUUAGCGAAGUGCAUUAUUCGUAAAACGCGUUUUUGAAGUACCAGAAGUUUUUUUAAAAAUAUUUGAGAAGUAUUUCCCCAGAUAGUGAUACCAUAUGAUAGAUAAGGAAGUAUAAGAGAUCGGUAAAUACUUGUGAGAACCUGGAAAGGAACAAAAUGCCUUAGCCUAGCAAUAAUUCCAACUGUUUUACUUAUUUUAGAUGCUACGUAAUCUAUAUGAUGUUUCCAAGUUAAAUGCUUAUCAAGCAAAACUCCUAGAUAUUUUAAAUACUCCUUCCGCUCAAGUGAAAAAUAUUUUCCAACUUUUUUGUCAAAUAUUCUUACACUUAUUUGGUAAUUAAGGUUUUUUUGGUAAGGAUAGAACAUGACAAAAUUAGAUUUCUUAAAAUUCAUUGUUAAUCUAUUUGCUUGUAACCAAUCGUAAACUUUUUCAAAUUCAGUAUUUACAAUAUGUUCAAGAGUUUUAGGAUUUUUAUCAGAAUAUAACAAGUUAGUAUCAUCAGCAAACAAAUGAAAAUUAAAUUUAUCUGAGGAACGGUGAAUAUCGUUUAUAUAGAUUAGAAAAAGCAAAGGACCGAGUACUGAUCCUUGUGGUACUCCACAAAGUGUUUUCUCCUUUGUUGAAAUAUUACAUUCAGUUUGUGUUGUUUGAAAGCGGUUUGUCAGAUAUGAUGAAAAUCAUGGAUUAUACCUCUAAAUCCACAAUGUUGAAGUUUACGUAAUAAAAUUGUAUGGUCAACUGUGUCAAACGCUUUUUUUAAAUCAAUAAAUCGACUAUGACUACUGUUUGAUACAUGUAUAUUAAAUUUUUCAUAAAGUGAUUUGAACAUUUUUGUUUUUCUAGUGUAUUGUGUGCAGUUUGACAUUUGCCACUGAUGUUCUUGAAUUCCAAAAGAUCCUCAACUACAUGUGAUAUAUAGUAUUGUAAAAUAUUAAAUUUGCAACCCAUGAAAUGUAUAUUUUCUCUGUAGUGGCGCCUCUGGCAGCACAGCUAGGGCAUAUAGAGGGGUGCGUUAGAGGCUAGUCGCAAGCCACCCUGUAAACAUUCAUUCUGGAGGAACUGGAGUUCCUGGAGAAAACCCACAACUUUCGGCAGAGUGUUGACCAACUCUUUUCACAUAAGUGUCAUUUAAUUGGUGAGAAUUGAACCCACAAUCUCAGAGAUCUAAGGCCCUUGAUCUGACUAUAGUGCCACCAAAGUCGGUAGUGCAAUCAGCAAACCACCAUAGCCCCAGUAGGGUCCAGUACAACUUAAUGUGCUAAGUUGUCGAUUUGUGCCAAUGUGCCUAUCUUCUUUUUUACUGCAAUAUAUUGCCGACAGUUAGAAGUUCAGCUGUGUGUGAGUGGGUCUAUAAAUAAAUAUUACUAUAGCUCUAGAUUUUUUUGAAUGUAAAUACUAAUAGUUUAAGUUAAUGAGCAAAAUAAAUAAAUGAUAAAAUUCUCAAGACUUUAUGUUACACGGGUUGUUGUUUACAUAGCAUGUUUAUGAGUUGUUAUAUCUCAUUUUGCCAAGUUGUGUAAAACAUAUGCCCUUUCUAACGUGGCUGAACCAAAGACCAUAUACAUAUUCAUGAGGAUUUAGGAGCAAGCAGAGAAACAACUGGGAUAUGUCUUGUUGUGUUUUCACUACAAACCUACACUUGUCCAAGCAGUUUACUGGGACCUACCUUAGAGUGACCUGACAGUGAUUUCAGGUAAAUCAUUUGGGGUGGCCCACCCUGUUGUUUAAACAUGUUUGGAUUGUUUAAUCCCAUGCAAGACCAAUUUCCAUGACAACAUCGUUAAAUCAUGUAUAUUAUGUGUGUGUAUAUGGUAUGUGUGUGUAUUUUUGUGUGUAUAUGUUUUGUCUGUAUUGUAUACAUGUAUGCUUGUACACCACACUUUGUCGGGAUGAUUUUAGGUUUUGCUGAAUGUUGUCAAACAUUUGACGUUUGCCCCAUCUUUUUAAACAUCAUUGAUUGUUAACAUGCAUCUGAAAUCAGCCCAACAAAUUGCAACGUGCAACCAUACCUUAUAUAUAUUGUCAAAUUUAUAUAUAAGUGUCAGAUCCAGUAUGUGGCCACAGGUAAGUCUAGAGUACAUCCUUUUCCUUGGUGUAAACAUGGUAGAUUUUGGCAAUCAAGGGCAAUAAUACGGUGGCCCACAAGUAUCACGGCAAAUGUUUUUAAAAUUACGUUAACAUAAAGUUCAAAUUGACUGCAAAACAAAAUUUAUUGAACGGAUAAUCUUUAUAUUUACUGCAACAACAAUUUAAUGUUGAUAGCAAAAUAAAAAGUCACGGCAAAAUAAAAAGUCACGGCAAACUAAAAACUCACGGCAAACUAAAAACUCAUGGCAAAAUAAAAACUCACGGCAAAAUAAAAACUCACGGCAAAAUAAAAACUCACGGCAAAAUAAAAACUCACGGCAAAAUAAAAACUCACGGCAAAAUAAAAACUCACGGCAAAAUAGAAACUCACGGCAAAAUAAACACUCACGGCAAAAUAAAAACUCACGGCAAAAUAAAAACUCACGGCAAAAGUCACUCACGCAAUGUUUCCACUUUGGAGAGGAUAUCCAUUUCAAGUAAGAUUAUUUUCAAAUGAAAAUUUUUCCGAAAUCUGAAACUGAGAUAUGUCAAUACUGUCAGUUUGUCACUCCAUGCACAUGCAAUGAUAUUUUUUACUAUUACGUCGUUUACUGUGACAAGGGUGUUGGCGAUAAAAAUAUAAAUAUAUAAAUUUGGGAUGAAUUUCAAAGAAGAGAUUUGAUGGAAAAUGAAAUUUAGAUAACGUCGAUGAAUUUUUUAAUGGUUAAAGUGGAAAUCGCAAUUGUUUCUUUGGUUGUUGUUGUGGAACUUUUGUGGUGAAAGAUUGUCAAAAUUUAAUAACGUUUCGUCUCCUAAAUUCUAAAAUAAUGGAAGACAGUGAAACAAUGUAAGUAUGUACAAUGUCCCAUCUGACAAUAAUGCAGGAAAGAGGGGAGGGGGCAAAAGGCGGAGCAUUUAAAAAAGCGCGACCCGGGGGACGCGGGUAGGCCCUCCCCGAUUGUGCUCGGCAACUUUUUAGCAACUUUUGGCGUUUGGAGUAACUUUUUUCGGUUAUAGUAACCUCAAGCAACAUUUGCGUUUCAGAGCAACUUUUUUGCAAAUUGCAGGUUUACUGUAUAAAUCAUCAAUCAUUUUAGCCAAAAAAUUAAAAGAUUUGAUAAAUGAUAAUAUAAAAAACAUUUUCUGAUGAUAAUUUAUUACAGUGUAAUGUUUUAAUAUCGCAGUAUAGCGUUUUGAUCAAACUACCUGUCACUGACAGGUAGUUUUAAGGUCAAACAGCAAACUACCUGUCACUGACAGGCGUCAGCCUUUACUUUGUAAUUGUAUUAUUUACUAGGGUUUCCUGUGUAAGUGUUCAGCACUAGAAACAAAAUGGCGUCUUCAUUUUUAAAUUAAAAUUGCUAAUUUGAAGCAUGGCCGAAACACAAAACCUAUCAGACCGAGACGAAUCCUUUGACUCAUCAGAUUCAGACAACGAAGAUGUGCAGGUACAAGUACAAGAUCCAAUUUUGACAGCAAGAAAUGCUGGUGCAAGUCUUAGUGUUCCAGCAAAAGCUAACAUUGCACGUAAGAGAAAACUUCCUACCAACCAAGGAAAGUACAAUCAAAGGGGGAAUAAAACUAUUGCCAAUACAACUGCCUGGGAUCGUUUGAAGGAUUUCCCCAACCAUCAUUUUACUGUAAUCGACCGGAAAUUGCGGUGUAACGCUUGUAAUGAAGAACUCUCUUUGAAGAAAAGUUCAGUCAAAAAACAUAUUGAGUCAAAAAAGCACAAGAAGGGAUUGUCUGAUAUUGCAAAGAGCAAAUCACAAAACCAGACAAUAAUGGCAUGUCUGCAAAAGAGAGAUAAGAGAGAAAGUACACCUGGCUCAACCUUGCCUGCGGAAAUGCGAUUGUUUCGUUUUGGAGUUGUUGAAUCUUGUCUCAAUGGUGGUAUACCAAUAGGGAAAAUCGAUGCCCUUCGACCGUUACUAGAGAAGCAUGGCCAUCGGUUAACCAGCAGCGGCCAUUUGGGCGAGCUUAUUCCAGCAGUACUAGAAAAAGAGAAGGACAAGCUGCAGGAAGAACUCAAAGAUGUGAAAGAGGCUUGUGUAAUUUUCGAUGGUACAGCCAGAUUGGGUGAAGCUCUGGUUAUCAUAAUCCGCUUUGUCCAGGAAAACUUUAUACCUACUCAGCGGCUCAUACGCCUGGAAAUUCUUGCAAAGUCACUGAAAGGAGAAGAAUUGGCUCAGCGACUAAUGUCUUGCCUGGCUGUGGAUUAUAAGCUUGGUCCGAGUACAGUCAUUGGAGCUGUAAGAGAUGGCGCAUCUGUUAAUGGAGCUGCCUUGAGACAGCUGAUGUUUUUUUAUCAAAAACUCUUUGAUGUUGUGUGCUUCUCCCACACUAUUGACAAUGUCGGCAGCCAUUUUCAGUUUCAAAUCCUGGACCUAUUCUCGCACUAUUGGAUAGGCAUGUUUUCCCAUAGCUUCAAUGCAUGCCUUAUUUGGAGAGAGAGAACGGGCAAGUCCAUUCGCAAGUUCAGCGACACACGUUGGUGGAGCAAAUGGGAAGUGCUUAACCAAGUGGUCGACUAUUUUGGUUAUGUUGAGCCAUUUCUUCGCGAGAAUGAGGAAAUCUGUCCUGCUAAUCGCCAACAUCUGCUGGAGAUAUUUGACGAUCCCCAAAGCUUGCAAGAGUUACGCAUGGAGCUGGCUGCACUCGUUGAUGCAGGGGUUCAUUUUAUUAAAGCAACCUACUACUUGGAAGGAGAUGGGCCACUCAUUUUCACCUGCUAUGAGAAGCUUUCGGCUGUUUCCCGGGCUGUAGCUGUCGACAAUUACCCUAACACCUUGGCUGUUGCUCGUGAAAGUGCUGGUGGCAAUGCUGCGCUAUGCAACCAGUUAAUUGCACGGGCGAAAGCUUGUAUCCAGCCAGGCCUCCAAUUUUAUCAGCAGAAGUUCAGUGGCCAAUUUUAUGGAACUGUGCGAGCAUUCAAAGCUGCACGUCUUUGCUGCCCUGUACAAGUGCAAAGCCUGAAUCCGACAGCUGCAUCACUCGAAGAGUUCAGAAGUUUUCCCUUCAUCGAUGACGACACCACAAUAGCAAAUCUGGCACAAGAGCUUCCUUUGUAUCUUGCUGCAGCUGAUGGGGUCACAGUCACUUGUGAGAAUGACAAGUUGACAUGGUGGGCAGCUCACAAAGAUGUCCUCCCGCACUGGUCUUCGCUAGUCAAAACACUGCUGUUGAUCCAGCCAAGUUCAGCAUCUGCAGAAAGGGCUUUCAGUCUCCUGUCCAAUGCAUUUUCCUCGCAGCAAGAUAGUGCCCUUGAAGAUUACCUCGAAGCUUCUGUUAUGCUUCAAUACAAUAAUACAAAGAGGUCGUGACUGUGUAACAGUCUUGAUUUUGUGUUGGCCGUGACAUUGGAUAUAUAUAAACCGCAUUUAGGUCGGCAUUACUCGAUGCAAAUAUAGGUGAAUAGGUGAUCGACUAAUCUACAAAUCUACCUUCCACCAAGUUGAAGUCAAAUGAACCAUUAUAAGUUUUGUUUCAAUGUUAUUUGUUAAUAAUAGUUUUGUAAAAAUACGCCGAUAUGUUUGCGAACGAUUUAUUAAAAGCUUUUUACAGUUUUUUUGGUGAAAUAUGUGUGAAAAUGUCGUGAACUUUAGGUAACGAGCAGGCGCAACUUUUGAUGUUCAAGUAGCAACUUUUUGGAUUUUUGGCAUCUUUUUAGCAACUUUUCGCAUUUUAGGCAGCAACUUUUCGCAUUUUAGGUGGCAACUUUUUAGGAUUUUACGAGCACAAUCGGGGAGGGCCUAGACGCGGGAAUAACUUGAAACGACUGAAUAUUUAAUAUAACUGUUUUAUUAUGUGCACAAGGUCUGAAUUCACAGACUUUGCUUUUCCGUUAUUUUCAAUAUUUUUCUUAUUUUGUUUAUGUUUUUAUCUUCGCUCUUUCGGUCGAUUAUUUUUCCACAUAUAUAUAUUUUUAACCAUUUUAAAUUGAAUAAAAAAUUCAUUUGCUAACCUGUAACAAUUUAUGGGAGGUUUUCAUUGUGUUUUUAAUCCUGUAAGGGCUAUAAAAAGCGAACAACUUGCCGUUUUCUCAUUCGCAAAACGUCGGAAAUUCAGUUUCAGUCGCCAUUUUGUUUUUCUCUAGAAAACAGAAAUUGCAGAAAUGCAGAAUAGCUCAUACCUAACGUGCGAUCAGGCCUAUAAAUAAAUAAAAGGCCUAUAAAUAAAUAAAUAAAAGGCCUGAUACAAACCUUAACAAAAGUUCAUGUUGUACAAUCGUAUUUGGGGUGUAAAUCUGAUUGGUCUAUGAAACAAAAGAUUUUUUAAUCUGUCAUUUGAUUGGUUGGUGCUAAUUAGAUUAUACUAUUGUUGUUGAUAUAUUUUAUAGUAAUCACAAAUAUAAUUUAAUUGUUGUUGUUGUUUUGUGAAAAUAUUUAAAUUUCUCCUGCGACAUUUUGAUUCAACUGAUUGGAUACUAAAUAUAAACUUUGCUGUGGGUGGAAAGCGAUCGGAUUAAGGUUUGUCUAAUGUGUCAGGCUAUUAUUUGUAAAAUAGAGCCUGAUACUCAGGUUUAUUCAGACCUUGUGUAUAUAAUAAUUUCUCAUAUUUCCUCUCUGUAACUAGCUUGCUCGUAGACGUUGUUAUUCUUACGCAAAACAACAAAAAAGUAACGUCUGCUGACCCGAGCGCCAGAAUGAAUUCUGCUACGUCAACCAAUCAGAAUUUACCUUCCAAAUUCUGGAAAUUGACGUCAGUUCAGGGGCGUAGGAAGCAGGGGGGGGGGAGAAAUUUCUCCUGAGGAAAAUUUUCCGUCGUAUCAUACCGAAAUUUAUGUUUGUAACCUAAUUUUUAAAAAAAAAUUGUAAAUUUCUACACAAAAACGGCACCUAUUGUUUUAAUUUAGUAUUUACAGCGACAUUAGCUUCUACAAAAGGGGCACUUUUCCUCACAAAAAAGGGCACUUUUCAACACAAAAAGGGCACUUUUUAUCACAAAAAAGGGCACUUUUAGUCCUUUAAAAAAAUUUGGGGGGGCACGUGCCCCCCGUGCCCCCCCGCUUCCUACGCCCCUGCGUCAGUUGGUACAACCUUGUACCCAGGAUAAAGAAAGAUCCUGGGUAUGAGGUUGCCUAUCCCCAAUCUUAACCCUUUCCCUAUUCCUAACCUUAAAAGGCUAAAAAUAGUAGCUAACUUCCCUUAAAACGUGACUCGUAUGUUGUCAUUAGAUUCUGUGGCAUGUGCUCUGCGAAACUAAGAAAAGAUGUUAGGUUCUGUUGGAAGUGUAAUGCUGACCAAACAUCUGCUGGGCCACCUGGUGAAAGUACAAAUGUUGUGCAACAACAAGAAUCAUUUGGCAGGCCACAACUUGGACAAAAACGAAAAGCGAUGUCUAUUGAGAGCUACUUGAAAACUAAGUCAACUGAAAGGCAAUCUGCCAGUACUUUUCGUUCAAAAAAAAAGAACACCGCUAAAGUCGAGAAAAAGGUGUCUGUUAACACUGGUAUCAAGGUGAUGUCCACAAAUGGGUUUAAGACAGUUCGUGGUAAACGCUUACCAGUCACCGUUUCACAACAAAGUACUUAUGCUAUGCUGCUAGAACAGGCAUUACAAAAAUGGAGUGCUUACGACAAAAACUUUGAUGCGUCUAAAGAAUAUGUGCUACUUUAUGAUGAUGACAGAUGUGCUCAGUUUAUGCCUGGCAACUUCCUUACUAUAUACUAUUACGGUACCUUUAAUUGAAAUUGCAGAAUGAAUAGUUUAAUCUCAAUAUUGAAUUUAUUUGUCCAUUUCACUGCAUGCCAUCUGUUGGAAUUGCUUUAAUUUAAACCAUUACGUCAUGAUGUGUACUCGCGCCUGUCUUGUUAUUUAACUUGUCUGUUACCAGAAUAUUUUUCUGCAAUACUAUAAAGCAGCUUUAUUUUCGAGGGCGAAAUACGAUCAUCAACAAACAAUUUGCAAUUUUAAUGUGGCUUUUUAUGCAAUUCCACUAAUCUAAUCCUACAAUUGAACUUCAAAGUAGCUGUGCUUAAUUGUUAUCUCCAACCUUAUUACACGUAGUAGCACUACCUACACAUGCAUUUCAUAAUUUUAAAUGAUAUGUUUAUAUAUCAAGUAAAUACAAAGUGAAAUAUUUCUAUUGAGUUCUGUCUUAAAUAAGUCAGAAAUUUAUAUCCAGUAUUUCUUCUUUGCCUCCCCACCCACCACAAAGAAACAAAUAUGUACUGAUUAGAUUUAAUAUAUUAUUGGGCUGGAUAUUCCAGUUAAUUAGUUUACUGUGUAUUUUCUGUUGUAUUUGUUUUUGUUGUUGUUGUGGUGGUCCGUUAAUGACGUGGUAUUAGUAAGCUAAAACCUCAAUUGCAACCAAGAAACAAUUCUUCAUGCACCUACGUAUUUUCACUGAACAAAUGUUUAAAAGCAUCAAUUGUUUGCCCAUAAUAGUAUGCGGACAAACGCAUUAGUUACAUCAAAGCAGGGCCGGAACUACUGGGGUGUGUUUGGGGAGUUUAACGCCCCCAGAGAAAAGUAAAAAAGGGGCCCAACUUGGCCAGAGGGGUCCCAGAAUGCUGGAAUUGCAGAACGUGUUAAAUAUUAAGGAAUUUCUGAAAAAUUGAGGUCGAAAAAGGUCUGAAAAAGUAUUUUGCUUCCAUUUUCUCAAACUGUUGUCAGAACAUUUUUUGGGAAGUUUUGUUUUCAGAAAAAAAAAAUUUAUUCAUUUUAACAUUUUUAAAAAAUGCAUCGCCUAACCAACAUUAACUGUUUGAAACAAUGCAAAAGUUUAAAUUCUAAAACCACGGUGGUCCUUUAGUACGAUCGUACUUGUUUACUAUAAUGUUUACCACUUGUAUGCCUAUUGCCUAUACUUCGUGUAAGCCUGUCCCCAAGCCAUACCCUAAUCCUAACCAUAAAGUGUCUUGAGACCUAAUAAUAGCCAUUACAACAGGCAUAUAUGAAGAAUAUUUUGCAUUUUGGAGUAAGUUCUCCCCUCUAUUGAGCCCCCUAUAUCCAAAAAGCUCCUACAAGAUCCCUCCAAUAAAUAAGUGCUGUGGAAAGUUUGUGGGCCCACAGAUCGGAAUUUUAAUUAAAUUAUCUAUUGUUUGAAACAAAAAAUGUAAAACAAAACAUGCGCAUGAGCAGGAUGGACUUGACAGCCUCUUUAAAUGUUAUGGUAAGUUCUGUUAGAAACUUUCCACAGCACUUAUUUAUUUUUACAACCUCCUUAAAUUUAAUAUGUAAAACGAUGUAAUAUUGCAGUUUUUGGUUAUUCUUUGAAUUUAAUUGCUUUUUUAUUUUCUCAUUUUAGGGCAACAUGCCGAAUUUUUCUGCUUGGAAAAAUAUAGGACGGAGGUAGGAAGAGAUUAUAAGCGCAUCAUAUUUUAUCUCUGUCUAAAGAAAGACCUCGAACAAAGCGAAGACCUGGAGAAAGAUGAGGAAACUGAUGACGAGAAGAGCGAUGACAACUUCAACUUAAACCUGUUGUUCAACGGAGACUUGCCUCCAGAAGAGAUGUUCCAAAUUGACGAUUUUAUAGAUGCAGUAGAUAAAGCAGAAACCGAAAGCCAAAAAGAAACGUCGUCCUCCAACGAACAGACGGAAUCAAAUGAAAUCUCUUGUAACUUGCCUCAAGAUGCAAUAUUUGAUGUUAUUUCUGACAGUGGUAUUGAUGAUUAUAAAGAUGUGGUGAAUUUACUGAGGUCUAAAGUUAAACAUGAUGACCAACUCUUUCUUACCAUGAGACGACAUGCUCCGUUUUCUCGAGUACUUAGUUUGUGGAAAAGGCAAGCUCUGAAGUCGGAUCCUUUGCACGAGUUAAAGGUUCACUAUAGUGGUGAAGAUGGCAUCGACUCGGGCGCAUUAGCACUGGAAUUUUUGGAGGAUUGCAUACAAGAGAUGGGGAAAGUGAUGUUUCCUGAUGGUUCCCCUAUCGAUUCGUCUUUGUAUGUGCAAAAUGGCGAUUUUCGAGCAUGUGGCCAACUAGUCCCUGUGUCCCUGGCGCAGGGUGGUCCCCCUCCUUGCUUUCUUGAGAAGUGCGCGUAUGAAGCAAUGUUUGCCAACGUGGAUAUGAUGGAUAUCUCUGACGAACAUCUGACCGCUAGAGAAAUUAGCUUGCUGGAAAAAGUGCGCUCAGAUUGUAAGAAAUAUACUGAUCUGAUCAUCGAUCAUGGUUACACGGGUACGAUAUCCAAUGAGCAUGUUGACGAGAUUAUUCGCUCCCUGAAGGUGAGUUUUGUUUCACGCAGAUGUCUUUACAUGAAUGAGUUUAUCAUUGGUGCUGAGUCAUAUGGGCUUGACAAAAUAAUGAAAGAUAAUCCAUCUGUUUGUGAGCCGUUAUUUGUGAAUGGAGAGCUGAAGAAUGGCUUGAGACCUAGUGCUGACUACCUUUUCUCAUUAAUGGUCCCUAAUUAUUCUGAAGUUGGAUCAACAAGAAGAUGCACAGAAGAAAACAUUAUGGAUUAUUUACAAGAUACUUUAAUUUCAUUUGAAGACGAAAACAUUGAAGGACAUAGUUAUGCAGUAGCAUGGGAUCACAAAGUGAGCCCUGAUGGUAUUCAAUCAAACAACGGUGGAGAUGACAAAGAAAUGCGAGUAGAAUUUUCCACUCCCAUCGUAAAUAUUCCAGGUGUGAUGG